AUGGAUAACGCAAAUCUUUGGACUCGCCGCUCCAACUCCUCUAAGUUGUCUCUGUCUAUGACGGGAACAGACGGCAAAGACGGUGCCAGAGUCGAACUUCCCCGCACGAAGCGUUUUGGUCCUGAUAGCUCCCAUGGUCGAUCGAAUCCCUUCAACGCUCUAUCUCCGCUCUCGGGCGGUGUGUCCUCCCCGUCAACGAACGCUUCCUCUGCAUUCGGCCUGGGAUCCGGCGCCUUUGCAUCUUUCGGUGCCCCCAAAACCCCCGGCGGCUCCGACCUUAAGACGCCCCUCGAGAAACGAGACAACCCGACAGAACACGACUCGGCGGAGAGCGCGAAGACGAAGGCCGCUAAUACCGCCAUCAAAGAACACCCGCUGAAGUCCACCUGGGUCAUUUGGUACCGUCCACCCACCCCUAAAUACUCCGAUUACGAAAAGUCAACCGUCCCCCUUGCAUCUAUAUCCUCGGUCGAGAGUUUCUGGUCGAUAUAUUCGCACUUGAAGCGGCCUUCUCUUCUACCCACUGUUUCCGACUAUCAUAUCUUUAAGAAGGGUAUUCGCCCUGUUUGGGAAGAUGAUGCCAACAAGAAGGGUGGGAAGUGGGUGGUGAGAUUGAAGAAGGGUGUCGCUGAUCGGUACUGGGAGGAUCUUCUCUUAGCUAUGGUUGGGGACCAGUUCGCGGAGGCUGGUGAUGAAGUUUGCGGUGCUGUCCUCAGUGUACGGAGUGGCGAAGAUGUGUUGAGUGUCUGGACCAGGAUUGACGGUGGGCGCAAUAUCAAGAUCAGGGAGACGAUCAAGCGUCUACUAGGCUUCCCCAUCGACACCAACAUUGUCUGGAAGAGCCAUGACGACAGCAUUGCUCAACGCUCUGCCAUUGACCAAGCUCGUCAGGAGAAGGCCACCGGAAACAACGGUGCAGAUCGACGAAGAGUUACGGCGAAUGAUGACUCUACGGGGGAUAAAGGAAAGGAUGUGGCGUCGUGA